CAUAUUGCAUAUAAUAAAAGCAUGCUGAACUGUCGUGGUAAUUGCAGCCCAUACGGUGUAUAUAAAGAAGGCCAAAGCGGUCCGUUGAUGAAAACAUCCACAAAAAAAAACACUAAAGCCAUGGCUUGUCCAAAGCUCUUCUUGUCUUGUUUGUUGCUUCAGCUGAUGUUCUUGUCUCUUGUCCCUGAGGUCGCUCAUGGCAAGGGUCUCAAAGUAGGGUUUUACCGGAAGACAUGCCCUAAUGCGGAGGCCAUCGUGAAGGAGGUCAUCGGACAAGUCAUGUCCGUCGCUCCGAGCCUCUCCGGCCCUCUCUUGAGGUUGCAUUUUCACGACUGUUUCGUUAGGGGUUGUGAAGGUUCAAUACUGUUGAACUCUUCGACCCAUCAAGCCGAGAAGGAUGCGAAGCCGAAUCUCAGCCUUCGAGGUUUCCAAGUAAUCGACAGAGUCAAGACGGCGCUGGAGAAGGCAUGCCCCGGAACCGUUUCAUGCGCCGACAUCGUGGCCAUUGUCGCUAGAGAUGUCGUUGUCGCGACUGGAGGACUUUCCUAUGACGUGGAAACCGGACGAAGAGAUGGGAAGGUUUCUAGUGAGGAGGAGGCACUUCACAAUUUAAUAAACUCUAAGGCCAACAUUACAGUUCUGAGAACAGCAUUUGCACAGAGAGGCCUCAGUGUGAAGGACCUUGUCGUCCUAUCAGGUGGGCACACCCUUGGAACUUCACACUGCUCUGCCUUCGCCUACCGCCUCUACAACUUCACCGGAAAGGGCGACGCCGACCCCAAGCUUGACCCCAACUACAUAGCGAGGCUGAAGCUCAAGUGCAAGCCGAAUGACAAUACCACUCUCGUCGAGAUGGACCCGGGAAGCGUGAGGACGUUUGACAUCGGUUACUUCAAUCUGAUCCCGAAGAGAAGAGGCCUCUUCACUUCGGACGCCUCACUUCUUGACGAUAGCCGAACCAAGGCGUACAUCGACCUCCAGAUCAGGACCGGCGGAUCCACUUUCUUCAAGGACUUUGGAGUGUCGAUGGUGAACAUGGGUCGGAUCAGCGUGCUCACCGGAACCGCCGGUGAAAUCAGGAAAGUGUGUGCAAAGGUUAACUAAGGGUUGACGAGGAGGACCCACGAUAGAGCAUGGAAUAAUUGGAUAUGGUCCAUUAUUCUCGAUUUACAAUUGUCGGUAGUAAGUAAUUGAGAAAAGAUGUAGCCAAUGCGGAAAUUCUCGGGCUAAUCUUGACCCGUGACUUCACAUGCGCGCGACUUAGAAAGUGAAUUUCCCUUUGAUUAAUUAACUGAAGAAAGUAAUGAUCCUUUUCAUUUGAUGAUCGAGGUUUGAUUGAUUUGGA